CCCCCACCCCCCCCGCGGUCCCGACCGCCGCCCGGCACUUGGAUGCAUGCACAGGUCUCCGCUCUCCGCCGGCGCGCUGGGCUCCUCCUCCGCGCUCUAAACCCGCGGAAACUCCGCUGACCUCCGACACUGUCCGCCUUCAGCUCCCCCGACAACGCCUCUAACGCGGCGGAAGCCAUGCCCUGUGUUCAGGCUCAGUAUGGGUCCUCGCCUCAAGGAGCCAGCCCGGCCUCCCAGAGCUACAGUUACCACUCUUCGGGAGAAUACAGCUCCGAUUUCUUAACUCCGGAGUUUGUCAAGUUUAGCAUGGACCUCACCAACACUGAAAUCACUGCCACCACUUCUCUCCCCAGCUUCAGUACCUUUAUGGACAACUACAACACAAGCUACGACGUGAAGCCACCUUGCUUGUACCAAAUGCCCCUGUCCGGACAGCAGUCCUCCAUUAAGGUGGAAGACAUUCAGAUGCACGGCUACCAGCAGCACAGCCACCUCCCCCCCCAGUCCGAGGAGAUGAUGUCCCACUCAGGCUCCGUCUACUACAAGCCCUCGUCGCCCCCGACCCCCUCCACGCCCGGCUUCCAGGUGCAGCACGGCCCCGUGUGGGACGACCCCGGCUCCCUGCACAACUUCCACCCCAACUACGUGGCCACCACGCACAUGCUCGAGCAGCGCAAAACGCCCGUCUCCCGCCUCUCCCUCUUCUCCUUCAAGCAGUCGCCCCCCGGCACCCCCGUCUCCAGCUGCCAGAUGCGCUUCGACGGGCCCCUCCACGUGCCCAUGAACCCCGAGCCGGCCGGGGCUCACCACGCCGUGGACGGGCAGGCCUUCGCCGUCCCCAACCCCAUCCGCAAGCAGCCCUCCAUGGCCUUCCCCGGGCUGCAGCUGGGCCACGCUCCGCAGCUCCUGGACAGCCAGGUGCCCUCGCCGCCCUCCCGGGGGUCCCCCUCCAACGAGGGGCUCUGCGCCGUCUGCGGGGACAACGCGGCCUGCCAGCACUACGGCGUCCGCACCUGCGAGGGCUGCAAGGGCUUCUUCAAGCGCACGGUGCAGAAAAACGCCAAGUACGUCUGUCUGGCCAACAAGAGCUGCCCGGUGGACAAGCGCCGCCGCAACCGGUGCCAGUACUGCCGCUUCCAGAAGUGCCUGGCCGUCGGCAUGGUCAAGGAGGUGGUGCGCACAGACAGCCUAAAAGGCCGGAGGGGUCGCUUGCCGUCCAAACCGAAGAGCCCCCAGGAGCCCUCUCCCCCCUCUCCCCCGGUGAGUCUGAUCAGUGCGCUGGUGAGAGCCCAUGUCGACUCCAACCCGGCUAUGACCAGCCUGGACUAUUCCCGGUUCCAGGCUAACCCCGACUACCAGAUGAGCGGAGAUGACACGCAGCACAUCCAGCAGUUCUAUGAUCUCUUGACCGGCUCCAUGGAGAUCAUCCGAGGAUGGGCAGAGAAAAUCCCCGGCUUCACUGACCUUCCGAAGACGGACCAGGACCUGCUCUUUGAAUCCGCCUUCCUGGAGCUCUUCGUGCUGCGGCUGGCGUACAGGUCAAAUCCAGUGGAGGGCAAGCUUAUCUUCUGCAAUGGGGUGGUCCUGCACCGGUUGCAGUGCGUCCGCGGCUUUGGGGAGUGGAUCGAUUCCAUUGUUGAAUUUUCCUCCAACUUGCAAAACAUGAACAUCGAUAUCUCUGCCUUCUCUUGCAUCGCUGCCCUGGCUAUGGUCACAGAGAGGCACGGGCUUAAGGAACCCAAGAGGGUGGAAGAACUUCAGAACAAGAUCGUAAAUUGUCUCAAAGACCAUGUGACUUUUAAUAACGGGGGGCUGAAUCGCCCCAACUAUUUGUCCAAACUCUUGGGGAAGCUCCCUGAACUGCGCACGCUUUGCACGCAGGGGCUGCAGCGCAUUUUCUACCUGAAACUGGAGGAUUUGGUGCCACCGCCAGCAAUAAUCGACAAACUUUUUCUGGACACUUUACCUUUUUAAGACCCUUCCCAUGCACUUCCAGUGAACUGAAGAGGAACUUCACCUGUCAGAGGGGGAAUUCGCCUGGGCCCAGAGCAGCACCCCUGGGUGCCAGCUUCCCACCCAAACCAGUGUUGCAAACCUCCUGCAGGCAGAACGUCAAUGGGCAUUUUGGCUCUGGGGCAUCAUGGAUGCAGAUCAUGGACUACACAAAUACCAUGGUAUAAACUUUUUAUUAUCAGCUUAUAAAUGAAUUUAUUAUUAAGGACUUCUGAUUAAAAAGAUGAACAUAUCUGGCAACGCCGGGUGCGCAGCUAAGACUCAUGCGGUGACAAACAAAGUGUUAAGGUGACCCACAAGUCUCACCCUCCUAAAGACUAAAGUUUUCUGCUGUAAAAGAAAGCUGUAAUAUAUACAAAACCUAAAUGUUGCGUGGGUGGCAUGUCAUUUAAGAAGGCGAAGGCUUGUAAAUUUAUCAGAUGCAGUUUGGCAUUUUAAAAAUUAUUCUGUGCCUAUUUAUGAAGAAAUAUGGGAAACAAUU